AUGCCAGCACCAGAGAGUAUUCAAUUGGAGGAUCUGAGGAAGCCCAGUGGCCGUGAUGCAGCUUCAGAAGAUUCAAGUGGAGAGAAGGCACGGUGCUCGGCGUCCGAAAAACGCCAGACGGACACCUCAAGUUACCAAUCUGGCUGGGAAAAAUGUGGACGAGAGAGGCUAAGAGGGCAUAGGUUUGAGAUGGCCAGGAGUAUUUGUAUACCAGAUACUUGGGGGCAGGAGGGGCUGCUGAAGGAUUGGAGAGAUUGCUCAGCCUUCAGUACCUCCGUCCCCAACGGAAUAGAAUCAGCCCGUGAGGCGUUGGUUGAGGAGUAUCGAAGGGCAAAUUCUGGCUGGUUAAAAGUAGAGAGUCGCUGUUGA